GUGUGAAAAAAAUUGUCAUCGUUUUUUCCGACUUUGCAAAUAAAUCGUAUGAAUCAAGUAGAGUCUUAAAAAAUGAGGAAAUAAAAAAUGCCCUUCAACUUGGAUUGGAACAAGCCAUGUGUACCCAGUUCCCAGAAGUCUUUAUUCACUACUCAUUUAGUUCGUUUGUUAUGAAUAUGGAUAGAUAUAGUGACGAGAAAACGAUCAAGCUGUGUGCACAUACUGAGGUUAGAACAAGCGCGAGUUACGUAGAACGAGAAAUUUUGUGUAGAGAGCGAGGGAAGAUACUCCUUAUGGUAGGUUGUGAGAGGGGAUUUUCAGAACUUGAAAUUUAUUUGAUUAGAAAAUUGGAGUUUCGCUUUUUUAAUUUGACGGAGCGGAUAUUGAAGUGCGAAACGGCUUUGCUGGUGAUCAUCGGGCAGUUGUUAUUACUCACGGAGAACGAGGCGCUGCGGCCCAGCGGGCGAAAAAUGCUACGCGAGGGGGGCGAGGGGGGCGAAGUGGGAGAGGUGAGCCAUGUUAGCGGCUUGAGUAAUGUUAGCGGCGUGAGUAAUGCUAGCGGCGUGGGCCGCCAUAACGGCUGCGCCAGUUCAGAGCAGGGCCCGCACGGCCCCCCAACUGAAAACGGUCCCCUCGGCGAAAUUAAAAAAUUGCUAGCGACGGAGCCGUCUUUUCCCCACCAGUUGGUAAAGGCCGUAAACGAUUUUAUUAACAGCACAGCUAACCAUAGUGACGCGCUCGAAAGUAACCCCUGUGAUGAGCAAAAAAAUGGCAACAUAACCGGAGGGACGAGCGACAUUGAUACCCUCCUUCGAAGCAUACACACGCUAAGUUCAAACAAGGACAAAGAGGAAAAUUUUGAAAAUAUCUAUCUAAGUCUGCUACUGAAAAAAAUUAAGUACAAAAAUAAAUUUAUUCAGUCCUACACCGAUCAGCAAAAUAAUGUGGACGACGACGGAGUAUUUAUAUACAGAACGCAACCGUAUGUGUCCAAAAAAAAAAAGGCCCGUCCUGACGAGCUGUAG